UUCAAUCUCCGCACCACAAAAAGAUGGGCGUGGUGGGAAUUCUGAAAUGAACAAUAGGGUUUGUAUCUCACGGGGUCCUUAACAUACGUAACAAUGCUCAGUGAAGGGCUCUUCCCCAGAAAACCUGCAAGCUGCGGUGGAUCUGGAGCGCUUCGCCAGAAAGCCCUCACGCUGCGGUGGUUGGGAUGGCUCGUUCUGAGUGUUCUCUGCGACUCGAAAAACGCUUUGUUUUGGAUGGGGUGGCUGUGAGCUCAAUGGCCCAGGCCUACAACAUCUUGAGGCCCAAGCUGUGGUCGGCAAUUCCCCCUUACAAUCCUCAACAGGACCACCACACUCGUCGCUACUUCCGGAGCCACGUAGUUCCGCCCGUUUUGCGGAAAACUGAACAGGACCAUGGCGGCACAGGAAGGGAUGGAUGGAUAGUAGAUUAUUUCCACAUUUUUGGUCAAGGACAGAGAUAUCUCAACAGGAGAAACUGGGCAGGGGCAGGGCAUUCCCUCCAGCAGGUGAGAGGACAUGACUACUACAACGCUAAUCCCAAGAUGAUAACAACGGGCUUAAACGGCCGAUUUGGCUACCGCCGGAACAUUCCAGCCCUCCGCCAGCGCACAUCAGUCUUUGGAGAAGUCACACCAUUCCCCAUUUUCUGA